UAAAGUAACAAAGGGCAGCUGAUCCCCUGCAUUCCUUCCUUUCCCCUUCAGUUUUUUUUUUUCUCUCAAAAUGGAAUACAAUGGCAAUAAAGCUACAAUAUCUCCUACGACUAUUAAUUCUUCUACAUUCUCCCCAUCUUCUUCUUCUUCUCCCCCCAGUUCACAAACCUCUGCCCCAAGCUUUCCUUCUCCGGCCUCUUCUCCUCCUGCUGUUGUUCUAAGUCCAUGUGCAGCCUGCAAGAUCCUUCGACGGAGAUGUGUCGACAAAUGUGUUUUGGCUCCCUAUUUCCCUCCCACCGAGCCUUACAAGUUCACCAUUGCUCAUAGGGUAUUUGGAGCUAGCAACAUCAUCAAGUUCUUACAGGAUCUGCCAGAAUCACAAAGAGCAGAUGCAGUAAGCAGUAUGGUGUACGAAGCCAGUGCGAGGAUCCGAGACCCGGUUUACGGUUCUGCAGGAUCAAUCUUCCAGCUCCAGAAACAAAUGAAUGAGCUCCAAGAACAAUUGGCCAAGGCACAAGCAGAGCUUGUCAACAUGCAAUCCCAUCAAGCCAAUUUACUUGCUCUAAUCUGCAUGGAAAUGGCACAAUCUGGAGAAGCUACUGUACUACAGCAGCAUCAGCAGCAAGAACAGGAUUACAGUAUUGAUCCAAACUGCUUUUAUGAGGAAAACAGUUUGUUGGAUUCAUCUUGGAGUCCUCUUUGGUCAUGAUGAAGAACUAAUCAGAGAAUGUUUUAGUUAAAGAAAAAACUAUAUAAACUAAUUAUUUAGGUCAAAGCAUUAGAGUUGAUUAAUUAAUAAAGUGAUUUUCAUUUGGGUAGAUGUGUGAAUGGGUCAUGGUGAUUGGUGAAAACCUUUGAAAAAGGAUUUGCCAUGACAUUGAUGGCCAUUCAUCACUAGCUAAUAAUAUAUAGUUGAAAUUGUAAGAAACGACAAGAAUAAUAAAAAGGAGAACCUUUAUUAAUGUUUUU